AUGCCCGAGUAUGGUGCAUCACUGGAGGAGCUUCGCGCCCUUAUGGAGUACAGGAGCGCGGAAGCCAAAGAAAAAAUUGAUACAGAUUACGGAGGAACAGCGGGUCUGUGUGAAAAAUUGAAGACCGAUCCCAACAAUGGACUUCCCAACAAUGAAGAAGAACUUGAAAGACGGCGUAAUGUAUUCGGAGCAAAUGAAAUUCCUCCACAUCCACCAAAAUGCUUCUUACAAUUAGUGUGGGAAGCUCUUCAGGACGUUACUCUUGUUAUUCUGUUGGUUUCUGCAAUUGUAUCCCUCGCCCUUUCAUUCUACAGGCCGCCCGGAGAAGACACAGCCGGGACUGAUGACAGUGAACAUGAUGCUGGAUGGAUUGAAGGAGUUGCUAUUCUCAUCUCUGUUAUUGUUGUGGUUCUUGUUACUGCUCUCAAUGAUUACACCAAAGAACGCCAAUUCCGUGGACUUCAAGCUAAGAUUGAAACCGAGCACAGAUUUUUCGUCCUUCGUGGUGGACAAUCUGUUCAAGUGGUGGUUAAUGAGCUCGUUGUUGGAGAUAUCGCACAGAUUAAAUACGGAGAUUUGAUUCCAUCAGAUGGAGUUCUCAUUCAAUCGAACGACCUGAAAAUGGAUGAGUCAUCACUUACCGGAGAAUCGGAUCAAAUCAGAAAAAGCCCGGAUCACGAUCCAAUCAUUUUAUCUGGAACCCACGUUAUGGAAGGAUCUGGAAAGAUGUUGGUGACAGCUGUCGGAGUCAACUCGCAAACUGGAAUCAUCAUGACACUACUUGGCGCUGCCAAGACAGUGGCUGAGGAGGAACGAAAGACUGCCAAGAGAGAGGGAGGCGAUGGAGCAUCUGGAGCUGAAGAAGGAACGGCGCAAGCGUUGCUCGAUUCUAAAGGCGAAGACGGCAUGGCCAACGGAAAAGCUGUUCCUGCAGCUGAAGCUGACGGAAAGAAAGAAAGAUCUGUUCUCCAAGCUAAACUCACUCGAUUGGCUAUUCAAAUCGGAUAUGCCGGAUCAUUCGUCGCUGGCUGCACCGUUCUCAUUCUCAUCAUUCGUUUCUGUAUUUCCCGUUAUGCCAUCGACGGAAAAUCGUUCUCCCUUGCUGACUUCCAACAUUUCAUUAACUUCCUCAUCAUUGGAGUAACUGUUUUGGUCGUUGCUGUUCCAGAAGGACUUCCUCUUGCUGUCACUCUUUCUCUUGCUUACUCUGUCAAGAAAAUGAUGCUCGACAACAAUUUGGUCCGUCACUUGGAUGCUUGUGAAACCAUGGGAAAUGCUACAUCAAUUUGCUCUGACAAGACUGGAACACUCACCACUAACCGAAUGACAGUUGUUCAGUCAUAUAUUAAUGAAGUUCAUCACAAGGACACUCCAAAAAUUGAAUCAUUGGAUCAGAACACCACAAAGCUUAUGAUGGAUUGUAUUUCUAUCAAUUCCUCGUACUCUUCGCAGGUUAUUCCACCAAAGCUUCUCGGAGAACAAGCAACUCAACUUGGAAACAAAACCGAAUGUGGAAUGCUCGGAUUCGUUCUUGCCCUCGGAAAGUCGUAUCAAGAAAUUCGUGAUCGUCAUCCAGAAGAAACUAUUCCGAAGGUCUACACUUUCAACUCAGUCAGAAAGAGCAUGUCAACAGUCAUCAAUCUCCCGGAUGGUGGAUAUCGUGUUUUCAGCAAAGGAGCAUCCGAAAUUGUUACUAAACGAUGCAAAUAUUUCCUCGGAAAGAAUGGAACUCUUACCAAAUUCAGCUCUAAAGAUGCUGAAAACUUGGUCCGUGACGUUAUUGAACCAAUGGCUUCCGAUGGUCUCAGAACAAUUUGUGUAGCCUAUAAAGAUUAUGUGCCAGCCGCCAAAAAGACAUCCGAUAAUCAAAUUGCUUAUUCUUCUGAACCAGAUUGGGAAAAUGAAGAGGCUAUUGUUGGUGAUAUGACCGCCAUCGCCAUUCUCGGAAUCCAAGAUCCAGUUCGUCCGGAAGUUCCAGCCGCUAUCACUCGUUGCCAAGAAGCUGGUAUUACCGUCAGAAUGGUCACAGGAGAUAACAUCAACACGGCUAGAUCGAUCGCAACUGCAUGUGGAAUUUUGAAACCAGGAGAAGAUUUCAUUGCAUUGGAAGGAAAAGAGUUCAAUGCCAGAAUUCGUGACGAGAACGGAGAGGUUUCUCAGGAAAAACUUGACCUGAUUUGGCCAAAACUUCGUGUCUUGGCUCGUGCUCAGCCAUCUGAUAAAUACACAUUGGUCAAAGGAAUUAUUGAUUCACGUGUUACCGAUUCAAGAGAAGUCGUGGCUGUAACCGGAGACGGAACUAAUGAUGGUCCAGCUCUUAAGAAAGCUGACGUUGGAUUUGCUAUGGGAAUUGCUGGAACUGAUGUUGCGAAGGAGGCUUCUGAUAUUAUCCUGACUGAUGAUAACUUCACUUCCAUCGUGAAGGCUGUAAUGUGGGGACGUAACGUAUAUGAUUCCAUCGCCAAAUUCUUGCAAUUCCAAUUGACUGUCAAUGUUGUCGCUGUUGUUGUUGCAUUCGUUGGAGCUUGUGCUAUUCAAGACACACCACUCAAGGCAGUGCAAAUGCUUUGGGUGAAUCUUAUCAUGGACACCCUCGCCUCUUUGGCUUUGGCGACAGAGAUGCCAACUGAAGAACUGCUCAAGAGAAAACCAUAUGGACGUACUUCUCCUCUCAUCUCAAGAACGAUGUGUAAGAACAUCUUGGGGCAUGCUGUCUAUCAACUCGUUAUUCUGUUCACUCUUAUCUUCUACGGAGAAGUCUGCUUCAGCAUUCCAUCUGGAAGAUGGGCUCCACUCCAUUCUCCUCCAUCGAAGCACUUCACAAUUGUAUUUAACACCUUCGUAAUGAUGACUCUUUUCAACGAAAUCAACGCCAGAAAGAUUCACGGAGAACGUAACAUCUUCAAGGGACUUUUCUCGAAUCCAAUCUACUAUAUCAUCUGGAUCGCUACCAUGAUCUCGCAAGUCGUCAUUGUUCAAUUCGGUGGUCGCUGGUUCAGCACUUCCGCCUUGAAUACUACCGAGUGGUUGUGGUGUGUGGCAUUCGGAGUUGGAACUCUUCUUUGGGGACAGAUUGUUACCAGCAUUCCAACUGGAUCUCUUCCAGCUAACAUGACUAUUGGGUCUGGUGAAGCUCCAACUAAUGAUCCAUUGAUGCCAGAUUACGAAGAUUCAGAUACUCAUGAGAAGAGAUCAGGACAGAUUCUCUGGGUCCGUGGAUUGACUCGUCUCCAAACUCAGUUACGCGUUGUCAAAGCAUUCCGAUCAUCGUUAGAAGAGUUUGAUGAACGUCGUUCCAUUGCAUCAACUCAUUCCGUCCAGUCGAUGCGUGGUGGCUUUUGGGGAGGUGGAAGACAUACAACAACGGCAGCUUCACCUGAUCCAGCCGGCGCACGGAAUGCAAUGGCUGCGAUAUCACAUAGACAAUCUCCACAACCGUAUCCAUACUAUCAUCAUCAACAACCAAGAACUCCCUCACCGCAACCACAUAUUGUUGUGGAAAAUGGAAAUACUGGUGGAAAUGGAUCAGCUGCACCACCAAAACCAGAAACAAACGGAAAAACUGAAAAAGUUCCGUUAGUGCAGCAAUGGUCUCCUGACACAAAUUCUUCGUAUACCCAAACGCAACGAAGCAUCAACAAGAGCAUGUCUUUGGAUACCCCAGUGUCUGUUAUUGGCGGAGAGCGCUCGGAUCAUCUGAUCCCGGUGCCGUUGAGCAGUGCACCGACUGAUCAAGCAAUUCGUGUCGUGAAAGCGUUCCAAGCAGGACUCGAUCGUCGCGAGCCCAGUUUGACAGGACAAUCGGCCGCUCGACUUCGUGAGAUCAGUCGGCAGUUGAGACUCCAAGUUGAUUCUGAGAAUCGGGCACGAUCCACAUCUCGAGGAAACAUCAAAGAGACAAACAACCUCUAG